AUUUUUUUUUUUAAUAAUAUCAGUUACUUUUUAUGAGUUUGGGCAGAAUUUAACAAUUCAUUCAUAUGGGUGCCCUAUAACUUUUAGGGGGCAAUUCAGAAUGGCUUCAAAAUACCAAGCGUGUGUAAGCUCAACUUGUUCAAGAGAAAUAAUGGUUUUUAUAAAAAAGCACUUGCAAAAUCAAAGCAAUAAAAUUUUGUUUACCAUCUUCGAAGUAUGAUGUGUUGUUAAUUGAUUUUAUGCCCAAUUACCCAUACUGACGAUUUUAAAAUGUGUUAUAAACUACAAACAAUACAAGUCAACAAUAUUAUUGAUAGGCAACUGUUCAGUCACAAUGCACUUCACGCAAAUUCUUGUCGCCAUGGUGUUUCUUUUAGCCAUUUUGACCCUUGAUAGACAUAGUAUAUAUGGCGCAGCUGAUAGAAAUAACAACGAAUAUCCAUGGAUGAAGAAGACUUCAACGCACAAAACACCAUACAAAAUAUCUGGUGACAUAUAAAAUAUGUCAUAAAAUUAAAACGUCCUUUCAAGAAAUAAAUAAAGUUACAUGCAUACCUGAA